GACAAGGCUUGUCAUUGUGCUCUGCUGUCAGUAGAGCUCAUUGGAUGCGUCUGAAGCCACAAAAUUUGAGUCUAGCUGAUGAUCAACUCUCAUUCUGGGAAUUCUGAACUUGCCAUACAGAGCUGUCACCACUUCCACCAGCUAAGAGAACUGAACGAGCUGAAGAUAUGACACUCCUUCUACUUCUGAUCAUGAUCUAUGGCCUGGAUGGUGGAAAAUGUGGAGAUUGUAUAAGCAACGGAAAUCUAACACUAACAAAUACCACAAAUGGAUUUGAGAUUGAAAUCUCAUUGACAUCUGGACCCAAAAUUACUGUUAAUGACACUGCAGAACAAUUAACUUGUAAUUCAGGAGAUUUUUCAUGUUAUAUUGAAUGCUCCUAUCGAGAUUUUUUUGUGAACAAAACCUUCACCGAAAAAAAAGAAUUACAAGUGUGUGUGCAAAAACAAAACAUAAGUACAUUUGAAUUCAGCAUAGAAAACAAUACAUCAUGUAUUGUGGUGUAUUGCUUGCCUGGUGAAAUAAGAGGCCUCUUGGAGACAAAAGAGAAACAAAUGAAUAGCCCAAAAGGUCUGAGAAACAUUCUCAAUAUUAAAAAAAUGUGCCCAGAUGUGAUCCUUAAUGAAGCUAUUGUGGAUACCUACAUUAGAGUGGAGAAGGCAGCCAUACAGAGUGUUAUAAAUAUGACUGAGCAAUCCAAGAAAUACACUCAUGAAGAUCUUUCCAUGAUUGUGGUUAUGAUGAAUUUAAGCACGACAGACAAUUAUGUACCAAUAUCCGCUCCAAGUGUAUUAGGUGCUAAUAAAGUUGCAGAGACACGGAUCCCGGUGAAGCCUUUCCAAGACGCAUCGAUAAACAAAAUUGGUGUAGUAACCUACGAUUCUGAUCAGCAUCUUAAGCUUAAACUGGGAAGUAAAACUGUUACCUCGAAAAUCAUACGGAUUGAAGUCCCCGGAUAUGACUUUGUGAAUUUGGCCAAUCGACUUACAAUUCAGUUCAAAGUUAAUCAGAGUUUCACAAAUCACUCAUCUAACUACACCCUGUCCUGUCAAUUCUAUGCAAAUGAAACCAAAACCUGGAAAAGUGAUGGUUGUCUCACUGUUAAUACAAGGGAUGAUGUUGUGGAGUGCUCCUGUGACCAUAUGACCCCUUUUGCUGUGCUUCUUACUGACUUGAAGAUAUCCGAACUACAAUGGGAAAUCUUGUCGUCCAUCAGCUAUGUUGGCUGCAGUCUGUCUGCGUUCUUUUGUGCUUGCUCUGUCUUGGGGUUCAUGUUCAACAGGAACUCAAGGGCAGAAGUGUCCAACAGCAUCCAUGUGUCUCUGAGUGGCGCUCUGUUUCUCCUCAACAUCAGCUUCAUGCUCAGCGAAUGGGUUGCCACACUGACAGAGAACGGAGCGUGUGUGUUUAUCGCUGUGAUGAUACACUACAGCAUGCUGAGUUGUUUCACCUGGAUGGCUGUUGAAGCCUUGCAUCUGUACCUUCUUCUCAUCAGAGUGUUCAACAUUUACGUCAAGUACUACAUGACCAAGUUGUCCCUGAUCGGAUGGGGAGUCCCUGCUGUUAUUGUUGGAGGUUUGCUGUCAGUUCAAAACACUCAUCCUUUUUAUGGCUUGCACAAUAUGAGUUUAUCAGAUACUAACAACACAAACCCAGUAUGCCUGUUCAUAAAACCUCAAGUCAUGAAUGGCGUGAACGUUUCCUACUUCACCGUCGUAUUCUUGUUCAAUUUAGGAAUCUUAAUCUCAGUGUCCAGACAGAUCUUUAAGCUACGACAUGUGGGUAACAAGCAAGGCAAGAUGCCAGCUUGGAAGGACGCGGGCACAGUGCUGGGCCUCAUGUGUCUGCUGGGUACAACAUGGGGUUUGAUCUUCUUCAGCAUGGGAUAUACCAACUACCCUAUCCUCUACCUGUUCUGCAUCUUAAACACAAUGCAAGAGUGAGCAGUGCACAUGGACCUCAGGCUGGACAGUCACAUUGAAAUUCAUGUGACUUUUACGUCAACAUUCACACUGCUUUUCCAUUGUCUUUCAGUGUAAACUGUUGACUGUUGCGUUCGUGUCUUGGUUCUUUUGCAGCAUCUCGUGCAUGACACGGCGCUCAAGUUCAAAUAAGUUCAACUUUAAAGAAACUUUUUUUUUUUCACUCCACUGAUCUGUGUUUUGCGUUGUUACCCUUUUUAACCUUUCUGUGUGAACGGCGCUAAAAUGCUAACCUCAGAGUUUACUUCCAUAUAAUUAAAUAUAUAACUGUCCAAAUACCCACAGCAGCCUUUGCAAUUGACCACUUGUCUAUGACAUAUUUCCUUUAUUUGCCCUAAGCAUUCAAGUGUUUACAGAGCUUUAUUUUGCAUUUUAAAAUAAACUUCUAAAUGUCUGUUCAGCAGUCCCUAUGUUACAGACAACACAAUUUAGUAAUUGUGGUACUUCUAAAAUGAAGUAACAAAAAGCAGUUCCAAAUGUUGUACAAAAUACAAUUUUAUUUCCACCAAUAAAAUGUGCAACACUUUAUGUUUUACUAACAAAUUAUUUGUAAUAUCUAAUUAAUUUAACUUAAAGUGGAAUGUUUUCCUCGUCAUCUCCCAAUUUUUUGGGGCAUGUGAACAUGAUGCAUGAAUGGGAUACUCUUAGCCUCUAGAUUAACCAUAUCCCAUCAUGCAUGUGGGUUUAGUGUGCGUUAAGGGAACUGAGCUUUAGUGUUCUUAAGGCCUUGAACAGUCUUGUGCUCGCACUUCCUGUUGCAUAUGGAUGCUCUCAGGUGCCAACACUGCAAGCGCGGGUAUUUGGACAGGCCCUUUGUUAUUUUUCUUUUGCGCAUGCGGGUCAGUUGAGGAUCGUGCCCUGUUCACACUCAAAUCUGAUAUUGGCCACAUUUAAAAAAUAAUGUGAACAGCCAAACAAAAACAAAUCUGAUCUGCACAAUAAAUCAUAAUGGAGCACAAAGGCUUGCAGUGUGAACAUAGUGUUUCCUGUUUUAUUUUUUCUGCAUUUUGGUUGUACCACAUGACUUUGUUUGUCACGUCACAUGACUUUGAUUGUCACACCACAUCGUGAUUUGGCAGACAAAAACUUUCAACAUCAUGCCAAACUACUUAAGGUUUUCAUUCCCAGAGUUUCAUUUGUUAAUGAGGUUUUUUCAUCAUUAUUAUUGUACCGCCCUGAUAUUUUUGACUUUGUGCUCCCCCCAAAAUUAAUUUUAAAACAGAAUUUAAAAACAUGCGCUCAUUAUAGAAUAGGUGUAUUGAGUGUGUUUACAUGCCGUGAAUAUGAUUUCACCAAGUACGACAACAUCUUUGUUGAUCCUGGAACAACAUUCCAAUCAACCAAUCAGAUUUGAGGGACAAGUUUACCAUUUGUCUUAAGUUUAGGCUUGCAACCAGGGUAAGGUGCUUCUACAUAUGUCACAUAUCUUCCCCCUCUGAUUUUAGGGAUAAGUUAUGGGUAGGAUUAGGUUUACGAAUAGGGUUAAGACUAAAUUUUUAGACAGGAAUGUUGUUCCAGGAUCAACAAAAUAUGUUGAUCCAGGAACAUGUCUUUACUUGGCAAAAUCACAGUGACCGUUUGCAUGCACCCUCAUAAUGUGAUUAUAAUAGGAUUUUGGAAACUUUACUUCAUGUAAAUGCAAUACUUCGAUCAAACUAAUAUGAUUAAACUCAUAAUCGUAGUAAUCAUACCCACAUUAAACUUUCAGUACAUUUAAAUGGACAACAAUAGUCUGAUAUUGUCAUUAUCACUAGUGAGAGUGCCCUAUUGGCCACUAGAGGGCACUCUUACCCGGACUCUUAUUUUCACCCCUUGGACUUCAUUUCCUAUAACACACUUCCCGGACUCAUUAUCCUGUCAU